CUCGGCCCUCAGCUCAGUCAAUUGUUUCGUUUCGCGCUUCAACAUCGUCAGUUGAUCACUAAUUUGUAGAUACUGCUCAAAGAAUAAAUAUGAUUCGUCCAGGACAUCGGCACGAACCGUGGAAUGCAUUCCGCGAUCACGAGCUGUCAGAUUCACCAGUAUACAGUUGGGUUCAAUGGUCGGUAACAAGUGGUGUUCCUCCUGCGACGGCAGUUCAAGCUGGUACCGAUACGGACGGAUCUCCGAUAUUUGUUGGACGAGCCACUCACUAUGGAACUACGCUUCCCGCCAAAGUAAUUCCUAUACGUAGAGUUGCGUACGUGUCCUAUGAUGGAAUUGAAAUUUUCAAACCAAAUGUCGAGGUAUUGUGUGGACUUGGAUUUACAUGGGUGCCUAGUGGAAGAGGUCAUAUUCCGAAGGGAGCAGUUCUGUGUGGAAGCAUGGCCUCUGGUGAGCCUAUUUACAUCGGCCGCGCACAUCACGAUGGCAGUGUAACACCAGGAAAAAUUAUACCGAAACAUGGUUCCGUGUAUAUUCCAUACGGUGGCUACGAGCAUGCCCACCCAGAGUACGAUGUGCUAGUUGAUGCUAGGAAAUCUCAGAAACAAAGCGUUGGAGGUAAAUGGGUUUCCGCUGAAAGCAAAGGUCCCGUUCCGAUAGGAGCGCUCGUGGCAGGAAACGACAGUGACGGUACCCAAAUCUAUCUAGGACGAGUCUAUCGUCAUGGUUUGGUACUGCCGGCUAAGGUGAUUCCACGCAAACAAAUGUGUCACGUCGGUGACGAAGGACUGGAGUUCGAAAUGACCGAAUACGAAGCCCUCUGUCAUGCCAAUGUUGCCUGGGUACCGUUCCGGGGUGUAUACCCGAUAAACGCCAUCGAGUGCGGUCUGGAUCGAAACGGAGAAAAGUUAUACUUCGGUCGUGGUCACUACAAUGGAAGUUUAACACCGGGAAAGAUUCUAGAAUGCAGUAAAAUCUUGAAAAUUCCGUUCAAUUUUAAGGAAAUUCCACUUCGGGAAUUCGACAUCCUAGUAGACAACAGUGAUCCGAAGAAUCAAUGCAGUCAAACACUGAAUUGGCAGCCCUGUACUAACAAAUCACCGAUUGCGGGAAAAGCUUUGCUCGUUGGCUAUGACAGCGAUCAGUCUCCGAUUUACUUGGGACGAGUGAAGUUCGAAGGAAACCAGCUACCGGCGAAAGUGAUUCCUCGCAAAGGUCUAUGCCGUACCGGUUACCGGGGCAAAGAAUAUGACAUGACAUCUUACGAAGCUUUAUGCAACGCCAGAGUCACCUGGGUACCCUUCCGAGGCGUCAUACCGUCCAGGGCAAUCGUUUGCGGUCGUACCCAGUGGGGCGAAACGGUCUACGUAGGACGAGGAUCAUACAAAGGCAGCUUGACUCCCGGUAGGAUAUUGGAAAACGAAAAGGUACUGAAGAUCCCAUACGAGUGGAACGAGAUUGCCAUCAGAGAUGCGGAGAUCUUGGUGGAAAUUUGAACAUAGUUUUUACUGUCGUUGUUUUCAAGGUUUGUGUAGAACAAUAAAAACACUUAUUUGAUUCGUCGUUGAAA